AUGACUUCAUCCCAGACUUCUCAGAAUCUGUCCUUUGUCCUCGAGGGCAUUCACAAGGUCAAAUUUGAGGAUCGUCCCGUCCCGGAGCUGAAGAAUCCCCAUGAUGUUCUCAUCAACGUGAAAUAUACCGGAAUCUGUGGCAGUGAUGUCCACUACUGGGAACACGGCUCUAUCGGCAACUUUGUCGUCAAAGAGCCCAUGGUCCUCGGCCACGAAUCCGCCGGUGUCAUCACCCAGGUUGGCUCCGCCGUCACCUCGCUCAAAGUCGGCGACCGCGUCGCCAUGGAACCCGGUAUCUGCUGCCGUCGCUGCCCACCCUGCAAGAGCGGCAAAUACAACCUCUGUGAGAACAUGGAAUUCGCCGCGACUCCGCCCUUUGACGGCACCUUGGCCAAAUACUACGUCCUUCCCGAGGACUUUUGCUACAAGCUCCCCGAGUCCAUGUCUCUGCAAGAAGGUGCGCUCAUGGAGCCGCUCAGCGUGGCCGUGCACAUUGUCCGUCAGGCCCGCGUGAGCCCCGGUCAAUCGGUGGUUGUCUUUGGCGCCGGUCCCGUCGGUCUGCUCUGCUGCGCGGUGGCCAAGGCCUUUGGCGCCACCAAGGUGGUUGUCGUCGACAUCCAGCAGUCCCGCCUGGACUUUGCCAAGGAGUACGUGACUCCCUUGACCUUUGUACCGGGCAAGGUGGCCGCGACGGAGAACGCGGAGCGCAUGCGUCAGGAGCACGGGCUGGGCGUCGGCGCCGACGUCGCCAUCGAUGCCUCGGGGGCCGAACCCUCCGUGCACACGGGUAUUCACGUCCUCCGCAACGGCGGCACCUACGUGCAGGGUGGUAUGGGACGCAGUGAGAUUCAGUUCCCCAUCAUGGCGGCGUGCUCCAAAGAGUUGACCUUGCGGGGAAGCUUCCGGUACGGCAGUGGUGAUUACAAGUUGGCCGUGGAGCUGGUCUCCACCGGCCGCGUGAAUGUGAAGAAGUUGAUUACGGGGACGGUCAAGUUUGAAGAGGCCGAGAGUGCGUUCAAGGAUGUGAAGCAAGGCAAGGGUAUCAAGACCUUGAUUGCCGGAAUUGACGUUUAA